CGCAUUACGGGAAAAUAACAUAAGUGACCGAAAAUAUUCCGAAGAAAAUACUACGCCGAAUAGAAGAAUUUUGCUAACGUUAUAAAUAAACAUCUUUACAUUUAUGUAUUUAGUGUGUACUCCAAGUGUUUUUGUGAGUGAGAGUGGUGUAUAAUGUUUUUUCUUGUAAAUAUGGUGUUAACGUAGCGAUGCAUUUAUCAAAGUGGGUUUAAGUCUUAUCUCUGUUGGCGUCCUCUUGUUUUUUAUGGUUCAAGUUCACAAUGGCAACAGUCGAAGAGACAGUUAAAGUGGCAGUGGUGACUGACCGCUCGCCUAAUAUCAUACGAUGCUCCAGUACAAUGACUGCGGAGGAGUUGUGCAUUAUUUUAUGUAAAAAGUAUAAAAUUCCUCCACUUACUCGGACGCUUUUCGCGUUACGAGUCAAAGGUAGAGAUUAUUUUCUCAAAGAUAACGCUAAAGUGUUGUCCAGCACCAGAGAUUAUGAGCUCAGAAUACGUUAUAAGGUACCAAGACUAGAAUUGUUGAUAACCCUGGACGAGACUACCUAUGAUUACUAUUUCCUUCAAGCGAGGAGUGAUGUCUACGAGAACAGAAUUCCUGAAAUCAAAUACCCUGAACAUAAAAAAGAAAUGCUUGGUCUUGGAAUAGCUGAUAUGACACGCGCCACGGCCGAGGAAAAAUUGUCGGUAAACGAUGUGGUGAGGGAUUACAAAAAAUAUAUACCGAAAGUGAUCGUUAGAAGACAUGGUCACGUCGCGAAGAAACAUGCUCACGACCAACUACCAAAGCUUUGUUCAGUCGGCCACAAUGUGAACUAUAUAAAGAACCUAUACCUACAGCAACUGUAUAUAAUGGCGCCAAACUAUUUGGCGGAGGAAUAUGACAAUGUUCUAUGGCAGAACGGCAAUGAUGUGACGCCGGUGAACGUUGUGGUCGCACCCUUCCAUCCCCACCAACCCGGUAUAAGGAUCUUCAAUACUGUUAAACGGGAUUGGAUCCACGUGUGUAAAAUAGAGGAAUUAAUUUAUAUUACAAGAAAUGGAGAAAACUCAUUAGAGAUAUCUAGAAGAGGGACCCCAUUGUUCUUUAAGUUCAAAUCUGAGGAGCAUAUAUCUUCAUUUAUAUCACUCUGCGAUGGAUAUUACAGAUUAAUGGUGAAAUGGACGUUUAACCUGUCCAAAGACGACGAAACACCAUCAUUAAAGGAGUUACAAAGAAUAAAAUGUCACGGCCCGGUCGGGGGCGCGUUUUCGUAUAGAAAGUUGGAAGAAAAACGCGCUAAGAAACAUGGUUGUUAUAUAUUGAGACAGUGCCAGGACGAUUACAAUGUUUAUUAUUUAGACGUUUGCACAAAAAACAGCACAACAGAGACUUACAGGAUAGAGUUUAAGGGUCAUUGUUAUGUGGUCAACAACGAGGAGUAUUAUAGCAUCGAGAGGCUAGUCGGAUGCCAUCAGAACCCAGAGGGAAGGAUAUUCUUAAACGAAUGCAUACCACCUUCGGAAUAUGAUAAGUCACAAUUACUGCUGUGUGGGGAGCCAGUGAAGAGAGGCGUUCGCAUCGACCAGGCUGAGCUACAAGACAUACUCAAGGACAACAAGAGCCCGCGAUGUCUGCCCAAUAAGGACAUUCUCCUAUACACGGGUUCAGAAAAGGUCGGUUCAGAGAACAUCACGGCGACGUACAAAGCGCUGUGGAGGCUCGACGAGACCAAGAAGUUGGUGGUCGCGUUCAAAACUUUACAGAGAGAAAAGGCUAAUGAUCAUUUAAAGGAUUUUGUGGAGUUGGCGAGUAAGUGGGCGUGUGUACAGUCUAGUUCAAUGGUGCGUCUGUACGGAGUGACGUUAAGCUCACCCACCGCCCUCGUUCUCGAGUAUUUACCCUACGGACCUUUUGAUGAUUAUCUCCGAGAGAACGAGGAGCGCAUAAAGCCGCUGCACCUGAAGAAGGUGGCGGCGCAGGUGGCGCGCGCGCUGUGGGACCUCUCCGAGGCCGGCGUCGUGCACGGACACAUCCGCUGCCGCCGACUGUUGCUGGCCGCCCACACCGCCGACCGCAUCAACGUCAAGCUCUCCGGGCCCACGCUCUCGCACUACACCCAACACGACGUACACUGGAUGCCUGUGGAAUUCUUUUCGGACAUGAGUCUGGCGAAGCGGUCAGUGACGGGUGAUAUCUGGGCCUUCGCCACCACGCUGUGGGAGGUCUUCUCCUACGGACAGUCGCCCACUGAGACCAACCCCGUGCUUACUGCUAGGAGUUACGAGAUGGGCGACCGGUUGCUGCGGCCGGCGCGGUGUCCGGGCGAGGUGUGGGCCCUCGUGCGCCAGUGCUGGCAGCCCGACCCGCUGCGUCCGCAGGAGAUCAUGCGGGACAUGAACCAUAUGCUGCAUCGAGAGUAUGUGCCAAUCCACGAAUAUGAAGAGCCAAAGAUAUCCCUUGAACACAUGGAGCACGCAGAAACUGUUUCAAGUGAUAGGUUUAUUCCGAGUGAGUUGAGCGACGCCGGCAGCAAUAAGUCCUUAAUAUCAGACAGCAGCGUGCUGUCUAUGAACGGAACUAUGUCUGAUCAAUAUGACAAUCCAUUCGCUGACAACAAGAGCUCAAAUUCGUUAGAAAGUAUGAACGGUCUUCCGUACGGGUUGCGCAACUCUUUGCGCAAUGAGUUGCGGUCGCGCAACAGCGGCAGCGCAUGCGGCGCGCGUGCCCUGGACGACGACCUCGACGCCGACACCGCGCCCGCGCCCAGGCUCAUGGAGUCCAUCGUCUCGCAGGGGAAGACCUACCUCGUCACGCUCACUAAGAAAAUUGGCAGCGGUAACUACGGGCAUGUGUUCAAGGGUUGGAUGGAGCGCGACAACCAAGAAUCUCAACGGAGGGAGGUGGCUGUGAAGAAGUUGACGAGACAGGCUUCCGAGAGGAAUGGCACUCUUUACGAAGACUUCAAGAAUGAACUGGAAAUUAUGAAGUCGCUUCAACACAUCAAUAUUGUAGAGAUAUUGGGUUACUCGUGGGACCACGGGUCGGACGUGCUCAUAGUGAUGGAGUAUUUAGAGGAGGGCUCUCUCAACUACUACCUCAAGUUCCAAGGGGACAAGCUAAGGAUCUCACACUUACUCAAGUACGCGAGGGAUAUUGCUACGGGCAUGGACCACGUAUCAGCUAAGAACGUGGUACAUCGCGACUUAGCCACGCGGAAUAUUCUAGUCGUGAACAAAUACCACGUUAAGAUAUCGGACUUUGGCCUCGCCAGGAUUAUACCUAAGGAAGAAAACGCAUACAGACUUAAGACUGAACGGCUACUGCCGAUUAAUUGGUACGCUCCCGAGUCAGCGGUGGAGCCGUGGCACUUCUCGACGAAGAGUGACGUAUGGUCGUAUGGAGUGACCGCCUGGGAGAUAUUCACCCGCGCCCGGCAGGAGGUGCCCAAGUUCAACCCCGAGCGGCCUAGGGAACGAGCCUCCUGCUUUCAAAUACCAGAAGGUUGUCCUUCAGAGAUAUUCAGGCACCUGAUGAAGGACUGCUGGAAUUUGGAUCCCACCCUUCGACCCAAGUUCAUUGACCUCGUUCACAUGUGCAAGCGAUUCAUGGAUGAAUAUAAGUAGAACAUUGCUUUUAUUAAUUUCUCAAAUAACGUACUAAUUAUAACAAGAAGUAAGUUCCUUUUUCCUUAUUUGAUUUUUUACACAAAUCUGGUAGUAUCUUUGCAGCUUCAAAAUGGGAAUGUUUUAUAAAUUGCCUAUGCUUAUAAUUAGUGCGUCAUUGAGGAAUAUACCCGAAUAUAAAUAUUAUGAGAGAAAAGAUAUCAGUAUAUUGAUAUAUUUUUACGUUGUGUAUGUACUAGGGGUACAGUUUUGGAAUGAAUCUAUAUUUCUGAUGUUUAUAUCGUCGUAUAUUUGGAGGCCAUAUUUGACACGUUGUCUUUGUUGAUACGUUAUUUGCACAAACGGUUUUAGCUAAUCGAUCGUUUAUUUAAGUAUGUGUUUUUGUGGUUCCUCGAAGCAUUUGCCUUAGUUCUUUAUAGUGUAAGCUACUUGUAAAUAUUUAUACAAAUGUUAUAUUCGUAAAUGCUAUGUAUCUCAAUCAUGUGGAAUCUAUUAAUUUGUAUGUCUUCAGUGCAAUCAUAAUGUGAGUGGACGUUUUAUAUUCAGUGUCGAUGUCUUUUUUGUUAAUGUUCUUGUCCUCGUGUUUUGUAUAUUUCAUUUGACUUGACUAUGUAUUUUUAUCGUGAAUUUUUUGACGUACAGAAUACUUGCCGUGUAUUUGUGACUAAAUGAUGAGUCAAUGGUAGUGUAAGCAGAAUUAUAUUGUGUAAGCAAGCAGUGUGUAAGUUUCGCUAGUCCAACCAUCCUAGAAAUGUAAUACUGGCACAAAUGUUUGAACAAAUAUUGGCGUUGAAUGGCUUUGUAUGCAUUUCAAUACUGCAACUAGAUGACAACGAAAUACUAACACGCACACUACGUAGAACGGUCGCCGAGACCGAUUCACUAUAAAACCAAAGAUGAUAUUAAAAUAUGAACAUAAAAACUAGAGAUCAAAUAAUUUUAAGAUUUAUUAGCUGUGUACAUUUUAUUAAUUUGCAUUAUUGUAAGUUUCGCAAUUCACUGUUGUGACAAAUAUAACGUAAUUAUAAUUUUAGAUAGGUACAAAAAUGUAAUCGGGUAACGAGAGCCUACAUUGUAAUAUUAUUUUAGAAAUUUAUAAUUGUUUAGAUAUGAUUGGGAAAUAUUUUAUAAAAUUGUUUUUUAAUUAUUAAUUUUCGCAGCAUCGCGUCGUCGAUGUGUUGAGGAAUUGGAUUGUGAUUACAUAGACUGACAAAUGGAGUAUCGGUGCUAUAGGGAUGAAAUAACGCCUUAUUUUUUCUAAUGACUGCGUUUGGGUAGAGUUGGGAAAGAUCUAGAAGUCGAUAGUUGUAGAGGAUUUAGUUCCUACAGGACUAUUAAUUUGACUUGACCGUUAUUCGAAGCUUAUUUAAUUGAGAUAGGCACUACGUUUCCCGCCUUCACAUUUCUAUAUAUAUCCAUCUCUUUCUAAAACCUCACUUCCGCUUGGCAGUGGUAGGGAGGCUCGUAAAGCGAGCCUCGCCAUUUUGAAUUCAUUGGCGUCUCUUUUCCCGCCGUGAUCGGUCGUCUCGUGACGACACGUCUUAGCAAAUCUAAUUUUUUUUUAUAAAUAUUCCUAACGGUUUUAUUUGAAUUUAAAUAAAAUUUAUAUUCAAUUUAUAUCAAAGUUUAAUCUUUCGAUCUUAAUAAUUUUAAAUAUGGAAAAUUUGGAUAAUGAUGCUGAUAGAGUGGCUAGUGCGGUUCCUCAAGUACGUUCUUCACCGCGGAAGCGGCGAGUUCGGUCGAGGAGUUCUAGCAGCUCGAGUUCAAGUUGUUCAAGUUUUGAAAGCAGUUCCUCGACUAGCGGAGGCAGCCCAAAGAUAAGUCGCCGCAACAAGAAAAGGGGGGGCAAGCGUAAGCGGCUCUCCAAACGUAAAUUUCGAAAACUCACUAAAGAAGUACGAAACCUUCAUCGGCGAAUCGCUAGCCAGGAUAGCAGUCAACGCGUGAGUACUAAUUUGGAUUAUGAUGCCAUCUCUCUAAUGUCUAAUAUUAACGAAAAUAGUUACGAACAAAUGCUUGAUGUUGAACCUAGUAGUUUCAGUGCAAGUGGUGAUCAAGAAUUUACCUUAUCUCUCGAAACUAAGCUAAAAGAGCCUUCUAUGCCAAAGGCUCCAGAAAAUUAUAUAAAAUUGUUAUGUGAUUAUCAGCAUUUAGGUAAAAGUGACUGGAAUGAAAUCAGUAUUCAGAAACCCAAAAAUUAUAUAAUUAUUCACCGGGUUACACAGAUAUUGAAAUGAAUGAAGAAGUUAAAGCAUUUGAGUCUCCUCGUCAUCUCGUGCAUGCUGAUAAGGCUUUCGCAGCCUUGACCAUGUGUGUGCUCAAACAAAGGGACGCUUUGCAAGGAACCCUGCAAGAACUCCUACAAUGGGCAAGAAAUAGUGUAUCGCUUAGUUAUGACACUUUACUUCAAAAAGUCAGUGACCUUUUUUCCACAGGAGAUUAUAGUAGAUGUUCCUCAGACUUACUACAGAUCAUUUGUGGGCAUCGUGCUAAGAUCCUUCAAAUGCGACGAGAUUGUGUCACUAAACAGGCAAAGGACCCGUUGAUGAAGGCCAGUUUAAAGAAAAUUCCUCCAACGUGUACCAAUUUGUUCAACGCAGAGAAGUUCACUGCUGCUAUUGAAAAAUCUGGCGGAGUAAGAAAAUGUUUUUGGCCGUUGCAAAAAGGUAACACGUCUUCUGCCUCGCAGGCGGAUCCAAAUAAGUUUCGUGGCCCCUCGCAGGGGUCCAAGCCUUACAAUAAGUCCUUGCAAGGAUUUUCUCGCAAUGCUCAGGCAUGCCAACAUAUUACCACACAUUCGCAAUGUGUUGGAAGUGAUCCACCUUCGCAAGGUGGUUGCAGCCACAGUAAUCCACCUCCGCAAGGUGAAUCUAACCCUCGUGGUCAUGCUGCUCAAUAUAAUUCGGUCGCACCGAAUAAUCGCAGUAAUUUUCGUGGCCGUCCGAAUGCUCGGCAAAAUAAUCAAUCGAAGCAUGUGCGAAAACGCGCGUUAUCUCCCCAGCGGAAUAACGACAAUAAAAGACGUAAGUAUUGACUCGUUCAGAGCAGGCCGUCUCCUGCAUUUUGCGGACCAAUGGGAACAAAUGAAUGCACCAAAGUACAUUCUAAAAAUAAUAUCCGGGUAUCGCAUACCCUUUUGCCAAAAACCACCGCUUGUUUACCCAAACCUUGUCAGAACCAACCUAAAUGUUCCAGAGUCUGCCGAAAUGACAAGUAUCAUAAACAAAAUGCUAGUUCAGGGCAUUCUGGAGCGGGCGGUUGCUUCGCCAAGCUUCCUGUCAUCGAUGUUUCUUGUCCCCAAAGGCGACGGCUCGAGUCGACCAAUAUUCAAUUUAAAGACACUCAAUUCUUACAUCAUAACGGAUCGAUUCAAACUGAUAAAUGUGAAUCGCAUCCCGGAUUUUUUGCAACCAAAGGACUGGCUAUGCAAAAUCGAUCUCUCUCAGGCCUAUUUUCAUGUACCUGUGGCCCGGAGCCACAGAAGGUUUCUACGUCUAGUUUAUCGCAACGAAUUGCUAGAAAUGACCUGUUUACCCUUUGGUCUGAGCACAGCGCCCAAGACCUUUGCCACGCUAACCAAUUGGAUAGCCCAGACACUCAGGCAACGAGGUGUGAGGAUAAUAGUCUUUCUCGACGAUUUUUUGAUAGCUCACCAGGACGAAAUCAAGCUCCGGGGUCAUGUAAAAAAUUUGCUCAAUACCCUGGAGACGUUAGGCUGGUUGAUCAAUUACGAAAAAUCGAUCAUCACGCCUUCAAAGAACUUAGUCUUUCUAGGGAUUUAUUGGAAUCCAUGGGAAAAUCGCAAACGACUUCCCGACGAAAAAAUUCCUGCGCUUGUAUCGAAAAUCGAUCAUUUGCUGCGGAAGGAGCGCACGACACUCAAGGAGCUCCAAAGCCUCGUGGGUCUACUCAAUUUUGCGAGCUUCACUGUUCCGAAAGGAAGACUCAAUUUUCGAGCGCUUCUGAGCUUAUUGAACGUAAUUUUGAAGUCGAAUCACAGGAUAUUGCACAACUUACCUCGCGGUGCUAUAGAAAACCUGAUAUGGUGGCGUCAAAAUUGCGAGCAAUCGUCAGCCAUACACAUGCCGCCUCCUAUGCAUUUCCUCACAACAGAUGCAUCGGACAUUGCUUGGGGAGCUCGCCUGGACAAUCUCUCACUGUCGGGUCUGUGGUCAGAAGCCGAGAAAGAUCUCCAUUGCAACCAAAAGGAAAUGAUAGCGAUCCUAAGAGUUUUGGAAGAUCAUUGUCAGCUCCUGAAACACAAGACGAUUUUGAUUCAGAGCGACAACAAGUCGGUAGUUGCAUAUCUACGUCACGAGGGCGGCACCAAAUCAGCUCCUCUCCUGGACUUAACCUGCAAGGUUUUCCAAAUCAUAGAACAAUAUCAAAUGCACAUGAAAGUCUUUCACAUACCAGGUAUAUACAAUGCCCACGCAGAUCAUCUGUCGAGGUUUCGCAUAACUCCCGAGUGGCAUCUGUCUGUAGAAUGCACGAACAAAAUGUUCUCCAAAUGGGGAGUUCCACUGAUCGAUCUUUUCGCGUCCAAGCGAGCUCAUGUAGUGUCGAAUUACGUGUCACUAGACCAAAAAGACGACCAAGCCCUGUUUUACGAUGCAUUCUCCCGAACGUGGAAUUACAAUCUAGCGUGGUUGUUCCCUCCACCUUUUCUGAUUCCCAAAGUCCUAGGUUACCUCAAUCAAGCACAGGGAACGUACUUACUGGUAGUACCUCGGUGGGAGCGAGUGUUUUGGCGACCCGAUAUCAAAUCGCGUGCCCUAGCAGCCCCAUUCACAAUAUAUCACCUAGAGAAAGUUUUGAUCGACACGACAACAGGACUACCACCGCCGAACGUCCACAAAAUGACUCUGGAAGUCUGGAAAUGUGGGGGUGGUCUGGGAUGUUAAGAUCCUGGAAUCAUAAUCAAUUAGAGCUUCUUAAGAAGUCGUGGCGUCCCUCUACACGUAAAGUUUAUGGUAUUGCUUGGAGGAGAUGGCUAGUUUGGUGCGAAACGCAUCAGAUUGGCCCUUCAACUCCAACAGCAAGCGAUUUAGCUAGAUUUCUAUCGGAUCUCCAUUUAAUAAAUAAAUUAUCGUACAAUUCUAUUUUGUUACACAAAUCUGUGGUUUCAACCCUUUGUAACCCAGACUCUUCCGGCCAGUUAAGUUCAAACGUCCUAGUAAAACAUGUCUUAAAGUCUAUAGCAUUGCAGAAAUCAGUUCCUCACGGUAAGCCCCCUAUUUGGAACAUAAACGACCUCGCUAAUUUCCUGGACAGUAAACGCAUCGAUGAAAAUAAUAUUUUCCAAGUGCAGAGACAUACAGCUGCUCUUCUUCUCUUGUGCUCCGGUAGAAGAAUACAUGAUUUGACUUUACUCAGAGUUGACUCAAAUAAUUAUUCUAAUCAAGAUGAUGUUGUAAUUUUUUGGCCGGUUCUUGGAUCGAAAACUGAUACGGUAGAUUACAGACAGUCUGGUUGGAGAUUAAUUUCAAAUAAAUGUAAUAAAAAUCUAGACCCGGUCUAUUGGGCUAAGCAUUCGAUCUCGCUUCUCGAAAAUCGAAGAAAUGCUGCAAAUUGUAGUAAUUUGUUUAUUAACAUUAGAGGUGCACCUAAACCUGCAUCGAAAACCCUCAUUGCAGGCUGGAUCAAGUCCCUGUUAACAGAAGCCGGUAUUCGGGCAUCUCCGGGGAGUAUUAGGUCAGCUGUUGCCUCUAAAAAUUGGGUCGAUAAUUACCCCCUCGAGGAAAUUCUUGCUAGAGGAAAUUGGCGAUCCGAAAAUACAUUUGGAAAAUUUUAUAAGCGCGAGGUUAGACCCGCUACUAACCGUGUGUCAAUAACAGCAUUAUUUAAUCCAGUUGAUUAGAAAUAAUAUAAUUACUUUAUCUUUUGUAUAAUCAUUAUAAUUGAUGUUGUAAACUCAAUAUGAUUUAUUAUUUAUAUUUUUUGUCUUGAUCAUCAAAUAUAAACUGUCUAAUACUUAUGUUUUACUUAUUCAUGCCUAUAUCAAUUUGAUAUCAAAUUACCUAAUUAUAUCACAUUGGCGUCUUCAUCACUUCCACCAGGCGAUAACAAACACGUCUCAAUUAAAUAAGCUUCGAAUAACGGUCAAGUCAAAUUAAUAGAAGCGUUUUACCUACCAAUAAAACGCAUAUUAAUUUACUUACCUUAUUCGAAGCUUAUGAACAAGUUCUGCCUGGUAAUUGGACUCAAUGAAUUCAAAAUGGCGAGGCUCGCUUUACGAGCCUCCCUACCACUGCCAAGCGGAAGUGAGGUUUUAGAAAGAGAUGGAUAUAUAUAGAAAUGUGAAGGCGGGAAACGUAGUGCCUAUCUCAAUUAAAUAAGCUUCGAAUAAGGUAAGUAAAUUAAUAUGCGUUUUAUUGGUAGGUAAAACGCUUCUAUUAUAAGAUUUUAGUAUGAGAUGUGAACUUUAUUGUGUACCUUAUUUUUCUUAAUCAAAAAUUGCCUAUAUGUUAUUUUAUUGAAUUUUUUUAUAUUAUAUAUUUUGUUCAUUUUACAAAUCAAUCAGCUCAACUUUUUUGAAAAUCAGCAAGGCAUAGGCUUAUUUUUGGUUCCUUUCACCCGUCGGUUCCUUACAGUAAUUCUUAACAGGCAUUUUCUCAAAAAUCCGUUGAUUUUUGACAUCAAACUAAGCUGCUGUACCGUUUAUCAUUUAAUAGUAACUCAACCCAUAGCAUUUAUUUACAAAACAAAUUCAACGAAUGAAUUGUUUUACUAAUUAUUAAAAGUAUAAGUAUGGCAG